CGCAAAGGCUGUGCCCAACCUACCUGGUGGGUCGCUCCAUGCUGACGGGACUCCUCGUUUCUAAACCCGAAUAGGCCAACGGAGAAUAAGAUCUUUUUGCCCAUGGCUAUCCUCAAGCUUCCAGCUUCGCCCGUAGUUCUGGUGGGCGGAGCACCGAUUGGGUUUAGUCAAGCUCUAUUUUCUGACCACAGGCACCAAGAUCCGCACCCUGUCUUCUCGACAUCCAUGCUCAAGAGAUCUCUUGGUGGCUCUGUUACCCCCCAUGUUUGGACCGUAGCUCCAUCUUAUCGUGGACUUGCACCUCGAAUAAAUACAUUUCACGGCCCAACCUUUGCUUCCAUCUUCCUCUUUUCCGCCCCUAGCAUCACACUGUUGGUCACUUGUUGACUGUUCGAUACCCGCUUGAGAUCUGCUUUGGGCAGGGUCAAGCUUCUCUUGUGUUCGCGACUUUCUCUCACAAGCCUUUCC